AUGGUGAAGGUGCAGAAAUCCUACAGCAUCAAAGAUGUGAAGUCGAGGAUGUGGGCCGUUUGCGAACUCAAUCCAUACGUGCUGCAUCUCUACUUCCAUGGCUCACCGCUCAAAGACGACGUGACCUUGGAGGAGCUGGGACAUCCGGAGGAAUUACAAGGAACUCGAACAAGGUACCAGGACGAAGCUGGCCUCCAGCUACUCGAGGCAGCGAAAGCAGGGGACUUCGCUGGUGCCGUGUCUGCCUUGGAGGCAGCAGCGGACCCAAACUUCUUCGAGGGCGAGGAUGGUCUGGCGCCCGUUCAUGCAGCCGCGCAGUGCAACACGCCACAGCUGCUCCAAUUUUUGUUGGAGCUCAAGGCUUUCUCGGAACAGCGAACCAGGUCAGACGGGAUGACUCCCCUGCACUGCGCGGCUAGAAGCAGCAGUGUCGAGGCGCUGCAGAUUCUUCUUCGACUCGAUGCUACAGUCGACAGACAGGAUUACAACUCCUGGGCGCCAUUGCACCAUGCCGUCGAUGCGGGGCAGCUCUCUCUCGUCGAGGUUCUCCUGGAGGCACGCGCCCCCAUCGACCAGCUGACCACAUGCUGGGCACCUCUGCACUUUGCCGUGGUGAAAGGCUACACCAAGGCCUCACAUGUCUGGUAA